GCAACCCGUCGUCAACAUGCUUUUUCUUCCUCUUGUUCCCGUGGUAUCCAAACAAAUUCGAGCGUGGCGCAGUCAAUAAAUAAAAUCAGCGCUUAAUUACAGGAUUUUGUGUAACUAAUAGUAUGCACACGCAUAACAAUUUCAAAACCCCUUCGGAUGCUGAUGAACUGGAUGAUCUAGACGAGGACAUGGUGGUGGGCGUGAUAGCAGAGAUCGAGCAGGAGGUCCUAAACGAAUCGGACAGCGACAACGACGCGUACGACCUGGUGGACAUGGGUGCCCCAGAGCCAGACAACGAUGGCGACAGCAGUUACGAUGGCAACGAGAGCAUCAGCAGCGAUGGCAGCUUCGAUCCAAAUGCCGAGGACUCUGAUUCGGAUGACUCAAUGGCGGCGGAGGAGGAGGCUGCGGGUGGAAGUGGUGGUGCUGCUGGGGGAGCCACAAGCGCCAAGCGGCGCAAGGAUGACGAUGGCCCGUCGGGCAGUCAAAAGGAAUCUGCAGAGGCCUCUGUCUUCGAACUCGACGAAGACGAUGAAACAGACGAAACAGUACGUGCCAUAAUAGCCGCCAUAAAGAAGCCACGCAGCGCCCCGCCGGAGAUCAAGCUGGAGGACUUUAUCACUGACGUUUGCUUCCAUCCGAGCCGUGACAUCGUCGCCCUGGCCACCAUCAUCGGGGAUGUGCAUCUGUACGAGUACGCCAACGAAGGAAACAAGUUGCUGCGCACCAUCGAGGUCCAUUCGAAAGCGUGCCGCGACGUAGAGUUUACCGAGGACGGGCGAUUUCUGCUCACCUGCUCGAAGGACAAAUGCGUGAUGGUCACCGACAUGGAGACGGAGAAACUGAAGAAGUUGUACGAAACGGCGCACGACGACGCUAUCAAUACUCUACACGUGCUGAAUGAAAAUCUCUUUGCUACUGGCGACGAUUCGGGCACCGUCAAGUUAUGGGACCUGCGCACCAAGAACUCCAUCUUUGAAUUGAAAGAGCUGGAGGAUCAAGUCACCCAGCUAAUAAGUAAUGACCAGAACAAGCUUCUGCUGGCCACAAGUGCCGAUGGUUAUCUAACGACCUUUAACAUUGCCGCACGCAAAAUGUAUGUCCAGUCGGAGCCCUAUGAGGAGGAGCUCAACUGUAUGGGCAUCUAUCGCGGCGACUCCAAGCUAGUGGUUGGCACUUCCAAGGGCCGCCUGUAUACCUACAACUGGGGCUAUUUUGGCUUCCAUUGUGACAUGUAUCCGGGCAUCAAGAGCCCAAUUAGCCUUAUGAUUCCCAUAACGGAUCGGAUCGCCUGCGUGGCCGGCGAGGAUGGCAACAUCCGAGCAUGUCACAUUACACCUUAUCGCAAUCUGGGCGUGGUGGGGCAGCAUAACAUGCCCAUCGAGUCGCUGGACGUGAACAGCAGCGGAGAGCUUCUGGCCUCCUCCUCGCACAACAACGACGUACGCUUUUGGAAUGUCAAGUAUUUCGAGGACUUUGGCGACAUCAAGUACAAUGACAAGCAUAAUGCCUACAAGGAAAAGCGUCACAAUCUGCCCUCAUCCAAGUGCACCAAUGCAUCUGACUUUUUCGCCGAUUUGACCAAAGAGGAUGGGGAUGAGGAGGAGGCGGAAGCGGAAGCCAAUGAUCCUGAAGCUGGACCGAGUAGCUCAGCCUAGAGGAGUUGAGUCUAUUUGACAUGUUCUGACUCUGGUAGGGUAGACUUCAAGGGGUAAUCCACACAGUUUCUGUAAUUAUAAAUACAAAAAAUUAGAUAUAUUUACAUAGUUACAAGUAAAAAUGGGGUAAAUAUAUGCUUUUCUUCAGCCCAGAUUCUUUGAUCAUCGAUCCCCUAGACAUAAUAAUAGGAUGUUGACUUAAAGAAACCUUUUUAAAACCAAGUGUAGCUAUAGAUUUGAACACGAAACCUUAUACAUACAGCCAGUUGUAUGCUUACAUUUCGCCAUAAACUGUUACCAAUAGCAAAUAAAUAAAUAAAUACACAUCCAUA